GCUCAUGAUCAACGCAGAACAAACAAAAACGAAAGUAGAUUUGAGUUUAGCAAGGAAGGUUUUGACAGAGGACGAUGACCAUCGUUUUUCUAUGAGGAAACGGACUUCAACUCAAGUCACGUGCCCUGCUCACCGCAAAAUAUGCAUUUUCCGUCAUGAUAGCCCUGACACCACCUGUCAGCUCUCCCUCUGGCCCAGCCUGACCCCAUCCAGUUCGUAGCGGACUAAUAAUAUGGACCCCACAAUGACGGCAACUACGAGGGAAGUGCUGAGGAACACUCUGGACAACCUCACAGGGGCCGAAUUUAAGAGGUUUAAGCACUACCUUCAGGACCAGGGCCAAAUCGCAUGGGGAAAGCUGGAGAAGGCCGACACAGACGACACUGUGGACUUGAUGGUGCAGGUGUACAGCACGGGAGCUGGGGACAUCAUUCUGUCCAUUUUGAAGACGAUUAAACACAACCAGUUGAACUUGGAGAGAGAUCUGGGAAGAUGUCUGUUCAGAGGGGAUGGUGGGGUCAAAGCGGACAUCACUGCUCACUCUGGAGGGAUAGUGAACGCCCCAGCCUUGAGCAGAGGAUCACCCAUGCUACAACAAGGAGGGGAUUUCAAUGCAGCAGAGAAGAUUAAAUCACUAAACCCGAGGCUUCAGGAGCACCUGAAACAAAGGUUUUCUGUUGUACAUCAAGAGUCUGGAGUUUCUAGUGUACAAGAUAUCUACACUGACCUUCACAUUGUAGAGGGCCGCACAGGUGAAGUGUCGACAAAUAACAUGAGCCAGAUUGGGAGAGGACCAAGCUCUUCAGAUAAGCCACAGACACACAGACCAGUGUCUCCAGUGCCCAGCUGUGUGUCUAUGAAGAGUGACUGGUCCAUGGGACGCCCUCCCAAUUUCAGCAGUGGACCACCACAAUCUGAUCCAAAGCCACAGACACACAGACCAGUGUCUCCAGUGCCCAGCUGUGUGUCUAUGAAGAGUGACCGGUCCAUGGGACGCCCUCCCAAUUUCAGCAAUGGACCACCACAAUCUGAUCCAAAGCCACAGACACACAGACCAGUGUCUCCAGUGCCCAGCUGUGUGUCUAUGAAGAGUGACCGGUCCAUGGGACGCCCUCCCAAUUUCAGCAAUGGACCACCACAGUCUGAUCCAAAUGUUUGGAGGAAUGUUCUGACCCAGGAUCAGUCCAGGUGUGGAGUGUGUGAGCAGCUACUGAGGGACCCAGUCAUCACCACCUGUGGACACAGUUUCUGCAGGCAGUGCAUCAGCAGCUACUGGAGCCAGUCUGGUCCAUCAGGAGACUACAGCUGUCCCCAGUGCAGAAAGAGAUCCAGAGCACAACCCUCUCUAAACCCUGACAUAACCAUGGCACAACCUCUGUUAUACGCACAUACAACCACGACACAACCUCAUGUAUAUCCCCCUACAGCCAUGGCACAAUCUUCUCUCUACCAACACAGAGAAAUGGCACAGCAUCAUCUAAAGCCAUCUACAACCAUGGCACAAGUUCCUCCACACUCAGACUCGGGGCAGGACCCUCUAUACCCACACUUCCACAUGGCACAGAUUUCUCCACAGCCUCCUUUGGAUGAGCACAUAGUCCUGGAAGGAAGCAAACAUCUCCAAACUGAGCAUGCUCCUGUCAAAAGGGCCAAACUAAGAGAUGAUAUCCUGAACAGAGCACUGGUGAAUCAUAAAGCCAGUAUGAAGAGGAGGUUUGAGAGCAUAUCUGAAGGCAUCAUAAGAUCAGAGACUCAAACACUCCUGAACAAGAUCUACACAGAACUGUACAUCACAGAGGGAGAGAGUGAAGGGGUGAAUAAUGAACAUGAAGUUUGGCAGGUAGAGUCAGCAUCUAGAUCACAAACUACAGAAGACACAGCAAUCAACUGCAAUGACAUCUUCAAGUCCUUACCUGGACAGCAGAGACCCAUCAGAACUGCCAUGACCAAGGGCAUUGCUGGCAUUGGAAAAACCGUCUCAGUGCAGAAGUUCAUCCUUGACUGGGCAGAGGAGAAAGCUAACCAGGAUGUAGAUUUCAUGUUUAUACUUCCGUUCCGUGUGCUGAAUUUAGUCAAACAUGAUCAGUACAGUCUUCACAAGCUCCUGCUGGACUUCCACCCUGAGCUUAGGGAGCUACAGGAUGGUGAAUACAAAGACCGCUGCAUCGUGUUCAUCUUUGAUGGUCUGGAUGAGAGUCGACUUCCGCUGAAUUUCCAAGAGAACCAGCAGUUGUCUGAUGUGACACAAACAUCAUCAGUGGAUGUGUUGAUGACGAGCCUCAUUCAGGGAUCUCUGCUUCCCUCAGCUCACAUCUGGAUAACCUCCCGACCAGCAGCAGCCAGUCAGAUCCCUUCUCAGUGCAUCAAUCAGGUGACAGAAGUACGAGGGUUCAGUGAUCCACAGAAAGAAGAGUACUUCAGGAAGAGGAUCAGUGACCAGAAUCAAGCCAACAGAAUCAUCUCACACAUCAAGGCAUCCAGGAGCCUCUACAUCAUGUGCCACAUGCCAGUCUUCUGUUGGAUCUCAGCCACUGUCCUUCAGCAGAUACUGGAAGAGGAUGAUGGGAAGGAACCCCCCAAAACUCUGACUGAGAUGUUCAUACACUUCCUGCUCAUCCAGACCACCAGGAAAAAACAGAAGUAUCAAGAGGAAAAUGAUAUAGAGAGACAGAGGCUCCUGGAAUCACAUAAAGAUGUCAUACUGAAACUGGCAGAGCUGGCCUUCAAGCAUCUGGAGAAUGGCAAUCUCAUGUUCUAUGAGGAAGACCUGAAAGAGUGUGGCAUUGACGUGAGUGAAGCCUCAGUGUACUCUGGCAUGUGCACUGAGAUCUUCAGGGAGGAAUGUGUGUUUCACCACAAGAAGGUCUACUGCUUUGUGCAUUUGAGCAUCCAGGAGUUUCUUGCUGCACUUCAUGUGUUUGCCUCCUACUUGAGUAAAAACAUGAAGGCCCUGACACCAUUCCUCAAAGGGAAGUCCAGGUCUUUGCCAGAUGUGCCUCUACAUGAGCUGCUGAAGAAUGCUGUGAACAAAGCUUUGGAGAGCAAGAAUGGACACCUUGAUUUGUUUGUUCGCUUCCUUCAUGGCAUUUCUCUGGAGUCAAAUCAGAGACUUUUGGUUGGUCUCCUGACACACACACACAGCAGUCCAGAAAGUGAGAAGAAGACUAUCCGAAACCUGAAGGUGAUGCAAAGGCCAAAUAUCUCCCCUGAGAGGUGCAUCAAUCUGUUCCACUGCCUGGUCGAAAUGCACGACUCUUCUGUUCAUGAUGAAAUCAAGGCUUUCCUGCAGGCAGAGAAGGGUUCAGUGAAACAGCUCUCCCUGGCUCACUGCUCAGCCUUGGCUCAUGUGCUUUUGAUGUCUGGGGAGGUGCUGGAUGAGUUUGACCUGAAGAAAUACAAAACCUCUCCAGAAGGUCGCAGGAGACUGGUUCCAGCUGUGAGAUGCUGCAGAAAAGCUCUACUUGCUGACUGUAAACUAUCAGAGAGGUCAUUUGAGAUUGUGGCCUCAGCUCUGCAGUCUGCAAACUCCCCCUUAAGAGAGCUGGAUCUGAGUCACAGUGACCUGCAACAGUCAGGAGAAAUGCUGGGCUCUGCUCUACAGAGUCCAAACUGCAAACUGGAGACACUGAGACUUGCUGGCUGUAAACUGACUGGAAGGUUUUUGGCCUUGACUCUUCAGGGGGCAAACCCCCACCUGAGAGAACUGGACAUCAGUGACGGCGAGCUUCAGGACUGUGGAGGAGAACUGCUCCAUAAACCACUGAAUGAAGACUGUAAAGUCAGACUCAAGCACAGCUCCUGUGCGGUCGUGGCGUCAGUCUUGCAGUUUUGUGUUUCUCAACUGAGUGUCUUGGACAUGAGUGGCUGUGAUCUGCAAACAUCAGAAGAGAAGCUGCCCUCUAGUCUUGGAAACCCAAACUGCCGACUGAAAACACUGAGACUUGCUGGCUGUAAACUGACUGGAAGGUUUUUGGCCUUGACUCUUCAGGGGGCAAACCCCCACCUGAGAGAGCUGGACAUCAGUGACAGUGAGCUUCAAGACUGUGGAGGAGAACUGCUCCAUCAACCACUGAAUCAAGAAUGUAAAGUCAGACUCCUCUGCUGUAGACUCAAGCACAGCUCCUGUGCGGUCGUGGCGUCAGUCUUGCAGUUUUGUGUUUCUCAACUGAGUGACUUGGACAUGAGUGGCUGUGAUCCGCAAACAUCAGUAGAGAAGCUGUUGUCUAGUCUUGGAAACCCAAACUGUCGACUGAAAAUACUGAGACUUAAAGGCUGUAAACUCACACAUGAGUCCUGUAAGGUUGUGGCAUCAUUUCUGCAGUCAGCAAACCCCCUGCUAGAGCUGGACUUGAGCAACAAUGUCCUGAGAGAUUCUGGAGUUCAGCUUCUUUCUAAGGGACUGUCUAGUCCUCACUGUAAACUGCAGACAUUAAGGCUGACUGAUUGUCAUAUCUCAGAUGACGGUUAUGUUUGUCUGGCUCUCACUCUGAUGGCAAACCCCUCCUGUGUGAAAGAGCUGGAUUUGAGCAACAAUAAUUCUGGAGAAUCAGCAAAGAACCUGUUAUUUGCUACACUGAAGGAUCCUCACUUAAAAAUGGAGGAACUUCGACUUGCUGGCUGUAAGCUAACAGAGAGGUCAUAUGAGAUUGUGGCCUCAGCUCUGCAGUCUGCAAACUCCCCCUUAAGAGAGCUGGAUCUGGGUCACAGUGACCUACAGCAGUCAGGAGAAAUGCUGCUCUCUGCUCUACAGAGUCCAAACUGCAAACUGGAGACACUGAGACUCACUGGCUGUAAACUGACUGGAAGGUUUUUGGCCUUGACUCUUCAGGGGGCAAACCCCCACCUGAGAGAGCUGGACAUCAGUGACGGCGAGCUUCAGUACAGUGGAGGAGAACUGCUCCAUCAACCACUGAAUCAAGACUGUAAAGUCAGACUCAUCUGCUGUAGACUCAAGGACAGCUCCUGUGCAGUCAUGGCGUCAGUCUUGCAGUUUUGUGUUUCUCAACUGAGUGUCUUGGAUAUGACUGGCUGUGAUCUGCAAACAUCAGAUGAGAAGCUGCUCUCUUGUCUUGGAAACCCAAACUGCCAACUGAAAACACUGAAACUUGCUGACUGUAAGCUAACAGAGGAAUCCUGUAAGGCUCUAGCCUCUACUCUGCAGUCAUCGGUGUCUCUGACAGAACUGGACCUCACAAACAGUGAACUGAAGGAUUCUGGUAUUCAGCUUCUCUCUGCAGGACUAAGUAACCCUCACUGUAAACUACAGACAUUAAGACUGUCUGGUUGUCUCAUCACACACCAGGGCUGUUCUUUCUUGGCCUCUGCCCUCAAAUCAAACCCCUUCUACCUGAAACAGCUGGAUCUGAGCUACAAUCAUCCAGGAGACUCAGGGGUCAGAGAGCUCACAGACAGACUGAAUGAUCCCAACUGUAAACUAGAGAAUUUCAGGUAUGACCAUGGAGGAGAGUUCAGGAUUAAACCAGGACCGAGAAAAUAUGCCUGUGAGCUCACACUGGACCCAAACACAGCAUACAGAACUCUCUCUCUCUCUGAGGGGAACAGAAAGGUGACAUGUGUGACUAAGGAGCAGCCGUAUCCUGACCACCCAGAGAGAUUUGACUUCUGGUCUCAGGUGCUGUGUAGAGAGGGUCUGUCUGGACGCUGCUACUGGGAGGCUGAGUGGAGUGGGGAUGGGGCUGAGAUAGCAGUGGCAUAUAAAAGCAUCAAGAGGAAAGAGUGGAGUGAUGAGAGCGCACUGGGAUGUAAUGACAAGUCCUGGGGUCUGUUCUGCUCUCCUCACGGUUACUAUGCCAAGCACAAUAAUGAACCCACUGACAUACCUGUCCCCUCCUCCCGCUCCAGCAGAGUAGGAGUGUACCUGGACUGGCCAGCCGGCACUCUGUCCUUCUACAGCGUCUUCUCUGACACACUCACCCACCUGCACACGUUUCACUCCACAUUCACUGAGUCCCUCUAUCCUGGGUUUAGGGUUUGGCCUGACUCCUCAGUGUCCCUGUGCCAGAUCACAUGACCUCCCCAUGCUGCAGGAACACAGGAGUCACC